CUGCGGGGGGGCGGGGCCGCGCCGAGGUGCCUCGCGCCGCACGGGGCGGGGCGAGUGCUGUGCUGCCGGGUGCGCCCGGCAAUGGCGCGGCCCGCUCUGUCCUCAUACCGGGUGGCGGUGCCUCCUCGGGCUGCCUGCGUCUACACCAGCUGCUACUGCGAAGAGAACGUGUGGAAGCUCUGCGAGUACAUCAGGAGCCAGGAUCAGUACCCUUUGGAGGAAUUCUAUGCUGUUUUUAUAUCCAACGAUAGGAGGAUGAUUCCACUCUGGAAACAGAAAUCAGGGCACGGAGAUGAACCUGUAGUCUGGGACUACCAUGUUAUCCUACUUCAUGUGCCGGGUGGAGAGCAGAACUUCAUUUAUGACCUUGACACUGUGUUGCCAUUUCCGUGUCCUUUUGAGAUGUACAGCGCGGAGGCCUUUAGGCUGGAUGACAGCCUUCAUCCAGAAUUUCACAGGAAGAUAAGAAUGAUUCGAGCAGAUUUGUACUUGAAGACGUUUGCUUCAGACAGAUCUCAUAUGAAGGAUGCAAAUGGGAAAUGGCAGAAACCUCCUCCUUCGUACCCUUGCAUUGAAACUGCAGACUCCAAGAUGAACUUAGAUGAUUUCAUCAGUAUGAAUCCCAAAGUGGGAUGGGGCUCAGUGUUCCCCUUACCGGACUUUGUGUAUCGAUUUGGCAGACAGACUGAUUACAGCCCUUCCUUGAAAGGACAGUGAAGUAAACAAAGAAGGUCUCUCUGCUUUGAUUUGGAGUCGGUUUGCUUUGUUUUUCUGCUCUUACAGUAUAUUUAUGAAUGGUUUAUAUUUCUUUACAUGGAAUAAAUAUUUGGGGAAAUCUAAUAUGAACCAAAUAAAGCCUUUUAUUUUGUAA